AGAUCAUCAGCUGUUUGCGAAUUUUGGACACCACCGAUACCGCUUCACAUAGCACCAUUGAUGAUAUUUUCAACAAAUAGGCACUAAUUAUAGGAGUUGUGGGUAAUAUUAAUAUUAUUGGUAGUUUAGGCUGUAUCUGUACCUGUAGUAGAGGACGUCGAAAGGCUGGAGCAACAAAGUCGUAGUGUCAGCGAGGCUAGUACCAGCACCCGACCGGAAAAAAAAGCGAUCCUGUUUUGUUGCUCCCCGAGGACUUCGCGAGAAUUUUCUUUCCUUUGCAGAGGAUCGUUUUCUGUGUUUUUGGAAAAGAGUUUCACCGAAGUUUCGGAGCAUAAAGGAAAACAUCAGUUACUUCACAAUGGGUGCAGACGACGCCUCCAUGCUCCAGGACGCCCCGGCGGUAUAGAUAAAGGCUUUGGUUUAUGAUGGAUUCGUUGUCGUUCAUCGCUUGACAACUGCUGCUGAAAAUCAAAUUACCAUCAUGUGGUUGAUGUGUGACAAGUGAAUGGGAAGAAGUGAAUGGGAUAAUAAAAUUCUGACUCUAAUUCCAUUUAUUGAUCAUAUGGACGAGGACAACAAAUAUAAUUAUUUCUGAUCAGGAAAAGUGCUACAUUGUCCCGGGUUCGGAGGCUUGUGCGAACGCCACUAGCAUGGACGUGGAAAAAAUGGGGUACAGGAAAUACAUGGAAACUGAGUUCCGCAAACAGUACCUGGAACAGCAGCAGCAGAACCUGAACCAGCAGCAGAGCAUGCAGCUGGACCACCACAGUAGUACAACAACCACUCCGGUGCAGCUUCUGGCCACACCAGCGACCGCGAGCACGACUCCGGCCGCGAACGGAACCGGCUCCGCCGCAAACGGGUUGUACCGUACCACCACAACGAAUAGCACAACAACUGCCGGUCAGCAGCAGCAGCAGCUUUUCUCAGCUGUAGCGCAGCAGCACUACGGUGCACACAACCCCAGCACGGGUACUACGGGAGGGCCAGCAGGAGCCAUGGCAGGAGCAGCCUCCCAGGCGCACAGCAGUGCCAGUUACUACCAAACUGCGCUCGUCUAUCCGGGUGAGCAGCCGACCGCCGCACAAGUAGGCCAACAACAGCACCACGCGGUGUCUUAUGGAGGGUUGUCCCAACAGCCGCCAACUGCACACGGCCAAGUGGGAACAACAUCUUCCCUUUCUGCAGAAUCCUACUGGCUUGAAAACCGCCAGCAGGUGGGUGCCGCACCGAUGUACCAAGAUGUGGCAAUGAGCGCCGCAGCUAGUACGGGGGCUACCAGCAUGGUAUCCAUCUUUUUGUCAUGAUGCAUCAACAGCUACAGCCGAAAGAAAGUUUCGAAUGGGGGCGCACGGUGCGCGCGCACCGCUUGUUGUAAGUGCAACUGAUGCAAACAUGCUGUUUGCAUAUGCAAGCACAUUAAAAACUAAAUUUGAAAAUGCAACAGGAAGCAGAGGGGUAUCCGAUUUACCCGUCGCGCUACGACCAGCAUCACAUGGAGCCGGUCCUUCCACCGCCGCCGCCGCCACCAACCCGCGGUCCGCAGUACAGCCGUCCCGGGGGGAAUACUUUCAGCUCGCAGUACAGCACACAUGCCACAGCACACAAAUUGGGAGUGGAACAACCGCCGCCUCCGCAAGUCUUGAGGGUAGUCUAAAAGAUUUUUUUUUUCGUGUCUAGAUCCUCGAUGUGACUCGUACCAGUUGCAUCGCAUGGUUUUAUGUCUUUCUUCUCUGUGGUGCUGCUGCCGUCGCGCAUCGUGUGGCAUGAAAUCGACACUAAAUACAGGACUACGCUCCGCAUGGACUCGAUAUGAACGGAAUGCCUGGGCCGCCGCCCCCUCCAAUAGCGGGAAAGCAACCACCUCCUCCGCCACCGGGAUUGCAGACUGUGGAGGACCAUACUGGUAUGUCGAUUUAUAAUUUCUUCACCGGGCAUUUUUUGCAAGUCUCAUCUGAUAUCUUCGAAUACUUAUCAGUUUAACCGCCGAUGGCGACAGUGGAGUCCUAUGUAUACUAUCAUUUACAUUUUCAUAUGCAGUCUUCUCUUCCCGUUCUAAAGAUUGCGGCAGAAAACAAGCUUCUACAAAGAACUAAAACACGACAUCAGGUGGCUACCAACCCCGACACAACACGACGCGUGGCUAUCCGUCCGGUUACGGUGCGGCGCGCAUGCGCGGUGCUAUCAGCGAUGUGUACAGCGGGACCAACAACUUAUCAAAUGUAAAAGUGUCUGGGUCUGGAAGAAUGCAACUUGUGAUGCUGCAUUUGGAUUCCAGAAAAAUCUGUAUUGCAUGAGUGCCAAAACCAAAAGGAAUGCAAUUUUUGCUACGCGGAGAGGGCAUUUGUCAUGCGGAAGAGGCAGCAAGAAGCUCUCAAAAAAUCUGUGAUGCCAGGGCAAGCAUCACAGACAUCAGGGCUCAUGCAAAACGUGCAUGACAAGUGUCAGAAUCUUCCAGACCCAGACAUUUUUACAGUUGAUACAACUUUCAUAGGAACCAAGUCACUCCAGCCGGAGGUGAGUCAUGAAAAGUUCUUGUUUGGCUGCCACUGCUUGAUAGUACUAUCAAGCCUGGCGCUGGGGAGAAUUUUACAAUAGUUUUGUCUCAUGGUCUUUGCCCCGCUUUAUUUUUUACGUGGUAUUUUCAUUAUGAUUUCCAAAUAACUUCCAGGUGCAACCCCUUCUCAAUUGGACGGCGCGAAUGGAGGCGGCUUGGGGAACGCGUCCCAGCACCUCCCGCACAACAACGCCGCGGCCGCGCACACGCCGGGAGGCACGACCAAUGCGGGAGCGGCGGUUAGUACCCAGCAGCAGGGUAUGAAUUGCAAAAGCAUCGUACUAGUAUAUAAUUGCAUUACAAAUUACCCCAGCAUUACAAAUUCAAUGUGUAAUGCUGAAUCACCUUGACAAAGAGAUUUGUCAUGCAUAAACGCAAUUAGUACGAGCACGAUACUUUUGCGCAGGAUACAGGGUGGGCCGCCACAGCUCCCCGCACCGCCAGCGUCGCAUCCGAUGAACCAGAACGCCAUCGGUACGACGACGUCCAACCUCGGGAAGCAGCCGACGCCGACUGAGCAGUACGAUCUCGGGAUGGAGCGCACGCUGGACGGCGGCAAAAUGGACCCGAGAAAGUAUAGUAAAGAAGUUUCUCAACAACAGCAACAAGAGGGGGAAAAAAUAACUACCACCUCUACUACUGAGCGAGGCCAAGGGAAGAUGUCGAUCGAGGGAAGAAACAAGAGUCGUACUAACUACAGUAGCUUUAGCGUGGAACCCACCACGGCCGAGGGCUGUGUGAACUACAGUAGAUUUAAUAACACGGCCACAGAACAACCUUUGAUCUCGCACGUGAACAAUAAUAAAUCUUCCGCAUUUGUUCACCCUAACGCCCUUCCCAAGGGAGGACAACCCCCAGCCAACUGCAACAAACCUCGCGGUGAUAGCCUUAGCCACGGUGCAACAUUACAUGACCAGGCGCAGCAAGGUACCACUAUCGUGAACCAGCACAACAUCAAGCGGGACCAGCACCGCGGGGCUAUUAACCGGACUGCGAGCGGCCUAGGAGGUGGCGGCUCGACGAGUACUAGGUCCCAUUCGGCCACCAGCAGCUCCUCCGCAAGAAAGGCAGCUUGUACAACAACAAAUAAAGACCCGACUACUGGCACGACAACUCCCGGUGCUGGGCCGUCUAGCGAUUUGUGGUGGCGGGCGAAUGCAAAUGCGAAUGCGAACGCGAACGCACCGGCAGUGGCACCAUCCACUGCAAUAAAUAAGGGGAACAAGAAUAGCACGAAAAACAUGAAUAAAUCGCUGGACCGCAUGAACAGCAGCAGCAGCAGCUCCUCCUCUGGACGGGUGCUCAACGGCUCAGGACCGGCGAACGAGCUGACGGCGGAAGAAAAAUUGCUGGUAGAAAAGCUCGAACAGGCCUGCCAGGUGGCAAACGCCGGAACAAACAAGCAGAUAUCCACCACUUCCGGCAGUGCAGUAGUGAAGCGGCUUCCGCCGGGGCUGGAGGGAGUGGUCUGCGAUGGUGCGCAGAUGAAAGGAGGAAAUAUUUUUAACUCGAGCUCCUCGAGCACAGAAGUGCUGGUUUCCGGCACGUCAGACACGAUUGUUGCUGAGGAACAGCAUGGUACUUCUAGUAGACCUAUGAAUUGCAAGUAUGUCUGGGUCUGGAAGAUUCUGAGACUUGUCUUGCAGGUUUUCCAUGACCCAUGAUGUCUGUGAUGCAUGCCCUAGCGUCACAGAUUUUUUGAGGGUAUCUAUUGCCUAGUCCGCAUGACAAAUGUCCUCUCUGCGUAGCAAAAAUUGCAUUCUCUUUGCUGCUCAUGCAAUACAAGCUUUUUUGGAAUCCAAAUGCAGCAUCACAAGUUCCAACCUUCCAGACCCAGACAUUUUUGCAAUCCAUAAGACCAACCGGUCCGGAUCGUGAUCUCCUAAACGCAGCGAAAAUACCGAUCCCCUCCGACAUCGAUGAGGAAGACACUAGUGCCUGUGGCUCGGGGUUGAGCUCCGCGACCGAAGGCACGGCGCUACAGCGGACACCGACCGCGUGCAAAGGGAACGAGGCUGGUGAUGCUAACUCUCGCGGCCGACUCUGGUCCGGAUUAAAGUGGAUAGGGACACAGAUCACGCGUAUGGGAGGGAGAACCGAUAGCGAAAAAAGUCGAAGUCCACUGUAGCAACGCUUUGCAUGUCUGUGUCUUGGGUUUCUUGAUAUGCUGCGUGGGAGAUGUGCAUUUUCAUUUUGUUUUAUUAUGUAAGUUUGCCAUAGAACGUAAAAGAUUUUAGCGGCAUCAGACAAGAAUAAUUAUGUUUGUUCUACUACUCCACAGCGGUGACGCAAAGCUUGGGUGGUUGCGGUUGGCUUUUUUCUCACCCUGGAUAACGGAAACCCUCUCGCCCACGAACCGCAGCCAGUGCAACCGAAACCGGAGUAAAAAUGCCGGCCAGUAUGGAAAACAUAGUGAACAACACGUUGUUGGAGGAAGUGUGACCACUGCCAACGCGACGAUUCAUGGCGCAGAACUACACAAUGUCCCCGAGAUGAAGUUCCACGACUGUGCGGAAAACUUUGCGCAGGUUCAUCACCCAGCACACCAGUCGAACAACACAACCCCCACGCCGGUCGUGCACCUUCGUGACGUUCCGACGACCACGCUGCAGGACAUGGUUCCCGGGACCACGGAUCGUGAGAAGGCGUUGCGGGUUGCGCGAAGCAAGGACCACGAAAUUAUGCAGCAAAAGUCCUCCGGGGGGGCGUCAACAGGGUUUCAUCACAACUUCUCGUCGAAUUACAACCACCGAAAUAAAUCCCAUAACUCGGAAAGAAUCCCGACGACAUCCUCCCGAGUUGCAAGCGGAAGUAACAAGCAGCACCAUACCAAGUCCAGCACGAACAAACACGGAGCCGCCGGUCGCGUGAGCAGUACCAGCAGCAGCAACGGAAACAGUACCAGUGUUACCGCAGACCCAGCGUCUGGUGGAAAUAAUACGAACGGCUGGGGAGGAGGAGGAGGAGGACAACUACUGCAUCAGAACACAACCCCCGCGCACGGCGGGAAUAAUUACAACGGCCUUCCGGAAGACCAAACGUCUACCAACAACGGUUAUCAAAUGCAAAUAUGCUCCUGUGUGGGUCUGGAAAGUUGCGAUGCAUGUGAGCGAAUAAAAGUAACCAAGCUGUAAUGCUGCAACGCCAAGCAUGACAAGUUUUUUCGUGGCUCUGUGUUGUGUAUUGCGCAUGAGGAACUGCGUUUAAUUUGCAAGACAGACAAGAGGACCUCGCCUUCGUGGCCUCGCAAUACCGAGUGCAGAGUCAUGCUACACUAGCAUGACAAAUCUCGCAAUCUUCCAAACCAACCCAUAUUUGCAAAUCAUAACGGGAGCAAGAGCACCCGCUCGCGGUCGACCAACAACACGUCGACACGGAAACCAGCCUUUCCCCGGCAUCUACUCGGGAAAAACGGCGAGAUCUUGCACCCUCAUCACGGCAGCUUUGGACAUAAUUACAACCAGGACCAGCAUUCCGAGCACCUAUUUUCCGAAACCACCCGCGCGCCGGCGACCACCGCCCGGAGUUGGAAGGACCAGAGCGAGUACGAUUACAGCGACUUAACCUAUCUGGACUACAGUCCGGCGGUGCUCAACGGCAUGGUGUACGAGAACGGUAUGAAAUGUAAAAAUGUGUGGGUCUGGUGGAAGAAUGCAACUUGUCAUGCUAAAUCUGAAGCAUGCAAAAAUCUGCGUUGCAUGACUACCAAAAGUCGUUCAGUUUUGACCAAGUCGGGAGGGAGUUUCUCAUGCCGGACAGGCAUGAGAGAGAUCGCGCAGAAUCUGUCAUGCUAGGUCCUGCAUUCCAGACCUCACGGGUCAUGGAAAAGCUGCAUGACAAGUCGCGCAUUCUUCCAGACCCAGACAUUUUUGCAUUUGAUAAACGGGGGGACCAACCCAAACUCGCACGAGCCCGUGUGGUUGCAGCGCAACAACUUCCCCUUCGCGCACACCCACGCCAGCAUGGACCCCUUCGCCCCGCACUUCCCCGGUGCGAACGAAAAUGGAUCCACUGGCUAUCAAGUGUAAAAAUGUCUGGGUAUGGAAGGAUGUAACUUGUGAUGCUGCAUUUGGAUUCCAAGAAAAUCUGUAGUGCACGAGAAGCAAGGGAGUGCAAUUCCAAUUUUUGCUGCGUGGGGAGGGCAUUUGUCAUGCAGAAUAGGCAUUAAGAAGCCCUCAAAAAAUCUGUGAUGCUAGCGCAUGCAUCACUGACGUCAUGGCUUACGCGGCAAAACGUGCAUGACAGGUCUCAGAAUCUUCUAGACCCAGACAUAUUUCUUGCAGUUUAUACUGGCCACGGUUUGUCCAACUGCUACAACAGUGACGCCACGAGCAGUUACUUUUCCAUGUUCUAUUGCACCCCGCGCGGGGGCGACAAGAACAAAAACGGGACACCCAGCGCCAAUCGGUUUCACCUCCCGGACGUGCCUGAGUACGCCAGCAACGGGUCGAAAGGAGGUUUCGGUGGGGGUGGAGGUGCUAUUCCAGGAGCGUCCAGCCAGUACGGUCAGCACCUUCAACAUCUUCCGGGAGCAGGGGGUUCCACCGCUAGUUCGUACCUUGCUGGUGGUGGUCCGGAUGCAGCCCCCGCGGGGAAAAACAACCAACUCCUGAUGUGUGGUGGAACGAUGACCACUAACUCAUCCACAGCUCCUGCGGGUCAUCAGCAACAUUCCUUAGUAGAUCGACUGAACAACGAUUCAGGCGGAGGUUUUGGUGCACAACAACAUCAGUUCGGCCACGAUGGCGCGGCUGCAGCUGCGGCUCGUGUAGUUGGCGGAGGUGUUGAAAAUAGUAAUCCGCGUGCAGGUGCCGGUUUGAGCAGUGGCGCUUCAUCUGCUGCAGCGGUAGGUACUACGGGCGCAAGUACUUCUUCCGAGCUCCCGACGGUGAAUGAGGAGGGCGACGCGCCGCAGACGUUUUACGAGGAUGCGGGCGCAACAUAUCCUGUGCAAAAACAUCCCCACCCCAGAGUUGUCAUGCAGUUCUGCAAGCACAAGAGCAUUUGUAAUGCGCAUCCCCAUGAGAGGCAUGUCCCAUCGUGUUUUGGAAGUUGUAAUGCUGUCAACAGGAUAAGGAGAUGGAUUUGUUAUGCGGCUUCCCUUGCGAAACGGCAUUACACUACAGCGUGCAACUUGUCAUGCGUGGCUCCCAAAACGAAAACUUUCAGGUUUGUGUUGCAAAAUCCCCAUCUUGACUCUGGGGUGGGGACGUUUUUACAAAUAAUACAACAACUUCCACCGGGGGGAAACACGGGUUUGCGCGGCACGACCGCGGGUGUCUGGAUAUGCCCUGGGCGGCCUCCUGGGGCCAGGCCAUGAAGAACAGCAAGGGCGGCAAAAUUCUGUGUUUCGGCGACCGGUCGGCGUUCGCCGGGCCGGGCGGGUUGUUCUCCGCCUUCGGCUCGAACAGUAAAGGGCCGAUCUUCAACCAGGCCACGGAGUUGAACGCGCUGUGGGACAUCGAGACGCUGAAUUGCACCGACGAGCGGAAGAAGGACGACGACGAGGACAGUGAUAUCAACUCCGACGACGAGGUGAAGGAGGGCGACAAGCCGGUCAGUAAGCGUGCCGCGAAACGGGCCAAGAAGCGGGAGAAACGGAAGGAGCGCGAGGCGGAGGAGCGGCAGGAGAUGGUGCGGGCCUACGACGCCCGGCGGAAUAUCAAAGUGAAAAAAGCCCCCAUCCCAUACUCAAAAGACAAUUUGUGUUGCUGGAUUUGUGUACACACAUGAACUUUGUAUUGCAGGAAGAGCUUGUGCUUGUCGGCAUAUUCUAAGCCCAUUUGGGUACUAUGCAUCCGGCUCGCAGCUGAGCAUGAGAAACAAGCCUGACAUAGGCGAAAACGCAUGACAGACUGGCUGCACAAGGCGCCACGUGGGUCUGUUUGCCAUGUACGCAAGAUAAAUCUGAUUUGUGAUCACAGGUCAGCAUCACAAAUUUCUUGUUCGAUAUGGGGAGGGGGGAUUUUUCUUCACAAUACGGAACCGCGCGGACACGCUGGCGUUGGAGGAGGAAGAUGCGGAGAAUCUUCAUGGCGCGGCGGCCGUGCUUAACCUGGACGAUGACGAGGACGAAGAUGAAACAAAUGCAGCCUUGAAUAAAGACGAGGAAGGAGCCAACGAUGGUACCAACAUCACUAGUGGAACCACAACAGCUGCAGCGGAGCGGAAAGCCGGCGCGAAAGCUUCUGGCUCACAAGACGCCGAUUGUUCAUCGCUGAAGAAGGGGCGGCACAUGCGAAGGAUCCGGGAGAUUUUGAAGGAAAAGCCGGACCACACGAUAUUACAGUGAAAAACGCCCCCACCCCCAAAGUUACAAGAAUUUGUGAUGCGAAGUUUCCAAAUGAAAACUUUGCAUGAAAGGAGUAUGAAUCUUUCUGAUGCAGAGUCAAGGCGUGUAUUGCAUCGCUUGCAUGACAAGCGCCGCUCUUGCUGGGGUCUUUUGCAAUGCAAAUUUUUGCUAUUCACGAUUGGAAACCUGUGAUGCUGAUAGAUGCAGGAGGGCGAGUGUUUCAUUUGGAAAGGUUGGCAACACAAAUGCUCCCAAGUAUGAGGGUGGGGGCAUUUUUCAUUGUAAUACACGAACCUCGACUACCGCCAGAAGCGGACGCUGGAAGCGGCUUACACCAUCGCGCGGCGCAUGAUAUCAAAUGCAAACAUGGUUGGGUCUGGAAACUUGUAAUGCUGAACGGCCAUGAUUGAGCGUGCCUUUAACUGCAGUGCAGCAUGACAAAUGACAAAGCAUGCCCUGUCAUGCGCAGGACGCAUUACAAACUGCGUUUUUGCAUGACGAAAGUGUGGUGCUUUGUUUGUUGCGUAUGCAAUACAAAUUUUUUAGCAGUGCGAAACACGCAGCACAGAUUCAACCUUUCCAGACCCACACAUAUUUGCAUUUGAUACAUGAUGAAGGGGUACGAAAUUGCUUUGGAAAAGGAAAUAUGCUGUGCAAAAGUAUCGUACUCGUAUAAAUGCAGGUCUUUCAUUACAAAUUUCUUUGUCAAGGCAAAUCAGCAUCACAAAUUUUAUUUCUCAUGCUGAGAAAAUUUGUAAUGCAUUUAUACGAGUGCGAUACUUUUGCAGUUCAUAGGAAAGGCAGAAAAAGCUGGUCGACAGCCUUCCCCCCGGGCGAACGAGCGAGUCCGAGCGGCUGUGCUUGAAGAUGCGCGAGGAGCUGGAAAGCAAAAUGGCGGGCAGCGCCGCGGGUGCGUCGUCAUCUUCGGCUACUUUGUCGUCCUCUGCGGCAGCGGCGGCGAAGUUGGUUAUCAAGUGCAAAUAUGUCUGGGUCUGAAGGGUUGCAACUUGUGAUGCGCAUUUCAGAUCACAGAAAAAUUUGUUUUGCAAAAACAGCAAAAGAUGUUUAUUUGUGGUCAUGGUGAGAGCGGAUUUCUCAUGCAGAGGAGGCAUCAACAUGGAGCUCUCGAAGAACCUGUGACGCUGGUCUCUGCAUGCCAGACACUCUGUGUCAUGCAAAAACUGCAUUAGAGCUUACAGACAUCUGCACUCAUCCAAGGUACAGUCACCCGCACAUAUUUGCAAUGCAUAUUGGUCGCGUCGAAACUGAUGAAGAUGAAGACCGCGGAGAAAGACAGUGACGGAAAUAAGAUCGAUAUUGUGAGGAAAAAUUCCCUCUCCCCAUGCCAAACAGGGGCACUACUGAAAAUUUGUGAUGCUGAUUUGUGACCACAAAUCGUCCGUGUGUUGCAAGAGGGCAAAGGCAGGAAAUCAGCCGCGUUUCGCAGGCACUUUGUAAUGCUGUACCGCCUACAGAGGACAUGCCUGCCUUGCUAGGCGCCUACAGAACAGCGGCCCUACUCAGGCACUGCGUCUGCCUGCAGUCCUCUGCUGCAAGACAUAUUGGAUUUGUGUACACAAAACCCGCAUCACAAAUUUUCGUUUUGAUAUGGGGAGGGGGGGACUUUUCCUCACAAUAAUCGAGGUGGAGGAUGCUGAAAAGAAGAACUUCCAGAGUAGUAAAGAUCGACUACACCUAACGAAUGAAGAUGUGUUGGUUCUCGAAAAGACCAAUGAUAGUACUACCACAACCACGUGUGAAGAAAAUCGAAAUGUGGCCGAGGAAAACGAAAAUCAGGACAAUAUUAGCACAAAGUUGCAAAAGACACUCACUAGCAGUAGUACGGAAGCAGAAGGAAAUAAAGCAGACAUUAUCGUUGAAGCAGGAGUAGGAAAAAAAGCAGAAGAAAAAGGCAAGCAGGACGGGAAUCAUCUCGGAGAUGCAGCAGAAUUACAAUUAGCGACGAAGAAUUCAAUAGCAGUGUGUGAAGAACAAGAAGCAGAAGGGAAAGAACGAAAUGCAGGUAAAAAUAUCACAACAAAUAAAUCUAACGACAACGAGGCACCGGGGAUGGAGCAGAAAGGCCUUCUCUUACAGCGCUUGGCGGCAGCGUCCUCUACAUCUAACGAACACGGCCGGGUGGAACAAGACGACAAGCUAGAGGAAAUUGAUAUCGAGUCAGAAAAUGUAGUUAAAAACGACGACUCGCUGGUUUUGUCGCUGCAGAGUCCUGCUCACCAGCAGCCAGGCAGCCGGAAGCGUUCCGAGCAGGAGGCCAACUACAACUCGCGGACGAGCGUCGCGUCGAAUCCGCUUGUUGCGCAGCUGAAAACGAACUCGAUCAAGCUAGCCCGAACUUCUUUCCACCAGUCAAAUAACCUCGAGGAUGCGAUGCACCGGGCCACGGGCCGCGCGUCGAUCUCCUACUCGCAGAACCACGCCGAACAUCAAGCCAAGUGGCGAAAGAAGCAGCUGUCAAAUUUUCUCAACUUCGAUGCACCCCCCGGAGAGGAAGAUGAAACGGAGAACGAAAGCGACACCGAGUCAAAUUACGAGAAACGGAAAAGGGAGAAAGCUAGCGCGCACGACGACAGCUACGUAGGAGACGACGAGAAUGACAGCGAGGAUGACGAGGACCCGAACGUGGAGCGAAACGAGGAGUACUUUCGCCGGAAGUUGGAUCGGGAUUUUUUGAAGAACAUUCAAAAGAUCGUUCCGCAUGAAAACGACCACGAGGCGCUGGAUAUGCAGGUGCUGAUGUAUGAGAAAACGCUGCUGAAGGACGCGCAGUUGGAUCUGCAACGGUCGGGCUACGUCUGGAUCGAGGACGAGCAGUGGGACGAGGGGGAGGAUUCACCGGCGGUGAUGCCCCUCCGGUCCCCGGGCACCGAGGUGCCCCCCAUGUUCCACUUGGAAGACCACGUUCUGUCCUGCGUCGGGUGCGUGAACCCCAAGGAGGAAAUGCACGGGCCCCACAACCCCUACGGGCACGUGGGCGAUUUCCAGUGGUACAAGCCCGCGAAAGAGGAUGACUUGGUGUUGCGCGGGAUGACGCCGGAGCCGAUCAUCGUGUCGAACCGCAAGCGCGAGGAACCGGGCUUCAUCAACCUGAUGAUUAAGAUCCUACCCCGGCCGUUGGCGAAGAAAGCGAGUAAGCGGCGGGGCUGGUGCGGCGUGAUACUACCGCGGAAAAAAAGGAACUACAAGAAGUAUUGAUAAUAAACUUAAAGGUUCAUCAGCUGCUAGUGUACUUCUUCUUCUUCUUCUUUCAUGAUGAACACGUCGUGUACAACCUCUUCAAGCAGAAGAUCAACAAGCGGUAGCAGAGUCUUUCGCAUAUGGUCAACAUGCUGCCCUAUCGGUAUCGAGGAGCAAGACAAUAAACUACACCGCAUCUACUUCCGCUUCCUCGGCUUCUGCGUCGCUUCUGUCUGUGCGUCACUGACGGUUUCUACUGCUGUGCCGGCGUCCGUCUUGUGUGGUUUCACGAAAAAUCUUCGUGGUGAUUUGUUGCGUUGGCGAGGGGUGGAUUCUACGUUUCGUAAACGUGCAGAUCUUUAUUUCCUCACUUCCAACUCGAAGACCCAAAAAUUUCAAAUGUCAUAAAAACCACCAUACUGUAGUAGGACGCAACGCGAAUAACGCGAAGAUCUGAAAAUUCAAUUUAAGUACCCGCAUACUUACAACUAAGGAAAUAUAUAUAAGUAGCCCACACGACCGAGCAGACUCUGAGCAAUAAAGCGAAGGAGUGAGCGAAGAGCACGGCGAUGUGAGAAGAAGACCCCAGAGUUGGUUCUUUCUUGGCCUCGCGUUUUUUUGUCUGCCCGAAGUUGCUUCAUUUUGUGAGUUGUUAGUUGUUUCUUGAUGUUUUGUCCCUUUAUUUGGUUUUCGUGUUUAUUUGGAGAUGCGCUCUGCACGAACAGGGAGUAUUAUAACGAAAAGAACUGCUCUGAACCACCUUCCCAGGUCCACACCGCCACACAUCCUGUACAACAAGGCUCACACGAACGAUAAGCGUACCCCAGGCGACCUGACCAGUCCGGUGGCGACGUCAAUCCCGUCUCCGGGGAACAGUCCUGACUACCGGGAAGAAGGUGCCGGGUCGAGCCUCAUGAAGGGCGGUUUGAUCUCUGCCGCAGGGCGGUGGUACACUCGCCUCAUCGGUGGCGAACAGCGGGCGCCGGGGGAGACGAAAGGUAAGGAUGCGGUUCUUGGGUUGUGUUUGUUGAAAUUAUUUAUUUUGUGAUCAUGCAAUAAAGCAGGUUUCAUUUUGUUUUUCAUUCAUUCUCCAUCGAAAAAAAGACUAGUACAAGCGCAGUCUUACUAUGAUCUUCUCAGGUGGCAUCGUGACCACGGUGUCGGAAUUGCGGUCCGGUUGCGGCUAUUAAAUGCGAAUAUGUCUGGGGCUGGAAAGUUGUGAUGCAGGUCACUGAAUAAUAACCACACUGUAAUGCGCCGUCAAGCAUGACAAGUUUUGUCAUGCUUCUGUGUUGCGUAUUCCGCAUGAGAAACUGCGUGUUUGCAUGACAGUCAAGAGGAGCUCUUGGUUGCCACGCAAUACAGAUCCCAGAGUUAUGCCAGACUAGCAUGACAUGUCUCGCAAUCUCGCAGACCCAGAUAUAUUUGCAAUCUAUAGCGGCAUCAAUCUAGUCGGUCGCGUUGGCCAGAUGGGCAUGGAGCUGCAGCAACAGCAGCUUGCGGAGGCGCAUCAGGGCGGCUGUGACGACUUUGACCCGGUGCUGAACGACCAGGGCCCGCUCGCGGCGAACAAGUGCCCCGCCCGGGAGUUGCAGGACACGCUGCGGUACUGCCCGCAGCGGCUGGCGACCAUUGAUCGCGACACCGCCUGGGCGAAGGACUCGAAGGUGACCACGGUGAUGAUCCGGAACAUCCCCAACCGCUACACCACCGAAGACGUGUUGCAAGAAAUCGACUCCCGCGGGUUCUACAAGACGUACAAUUACUUCUACCUCCCGAUCGACUUCUAUGACAGUGCACAAUUUCCACUUCCCCUCAUUUGUAUUGCAUGAACAACAAUAUUACAAGCACCCGCACGCGUGGAGCCUGUGCAUGACAAGACUCACGCACGUAUUAUAGUACUGUUUGGGCUUCCGGAAUCUGUCAUGCACAAUAAUGCUACAAGGCAGCGACUGGAUUUGGGAUUUUGCAUGACAAAUGAGAACGAGGGGGAGUUGUGCACUCUCAUAACUUCGCUAACAAGGUGAACAUGGGCUACGCGUUCCUCAAUUUUCUGGCGCCCAAGCACAUGGAGCGGUUCGCGAAGGAGUUUCAUGACACCAAACUGCCCAAGUACUAGAACUUUUUUUUGUGUUCGUGUUGAAACUGUUAUCUUUGUUCAUUAUGAUACCUACGUGAUCGUUCUUGUGACAGGCGGAGGCUGAAGAAAAUGCCGGUCGACACAAAAUGGUAUUUUUGGACUUUAUCCAGUGGUGCUAAAUCCGAUCACUUCUUCCCGCACCUACAUUCAGGUAUGCAACCUCGAAGAUUUUGGAGAUCUGCGCCGCCGGAAAGCAGGGUCUUGAGGAGAACGUUGCACGGUUUCUGCGAAGGGAUACCAACCGAAUCCAAAAUCCCUUCUUCCUGCCGCUCGUAUUCGGGUGGAGUAGCAAGAGUGAAUGGGUACUGUUUCAAUACAGAGGUCCAUGUUCUUGACGAGUGGUUGCUUGUCAUGGAUUCUCACCCUUUAUUUUCGAAGCUCGUGAGUGAUCUGGUUUUGGAUGAAUACUUACAGAAUGCAUAUGCAUGAAAAUAAUAGAAGAAGCGAUCAAUUGAGGAAAAAAACAAAUUAUUUGAAAUCGAAAAAUCAUUCACAGCAAGCGUAUCCUUUGACACGGGAGAAUCUGAUAAAGAUCACCACCCGAGCCAAGGAAGUGGCUCGCGAAUUACAGAAACUGGAAGAGGCGAAGAGAGCCGAAGGUAAUAUACGAAUUUUGUGAUUUUUGUGUACCAUGUUGCUGAUGAAUUUUUAGAUCUGAGCUGCAAGUAGACAGACACAACCUCCAUUUCCAGCACUGAUUUCUUGCAUGUUACCUACUUCUCUAGCACGAAAUAAGGAUUCUUUCCCCACCUUCAGGUAUUGCAAAUGGUACUAUAGUUGCCAAGGCAGAGGACCCCUCGAUUUUUUUCUUCCUCUCGUGGGCAUGA